CCAACAAGUGGUGAGCAAUUGCAGUCUGCUGGUCCUUCUGAUGAACCGCAUUCAGCACAAAUUAUGGACAGUGUGCAGAUUCCUCCGGAUACCACCGUGGAAAGGCGCAGGGGUUUGCUGUUGAUGAUGGAGAAGGACGAUCGGAACGCCAAGAAGGCGCAGGUGGAGCUAUCCAGGAGUGGCCAAGUGAAGCAAGCCAGAGAAGUUACCAUAACGAUGGACAUGAGUUUGCUUAAUUGCAGCGUGUGCUCCCGCCCGAUCAAGCCGCCUGUCUUCGAGUGCAAUGCCGGGCACUUGGCUUGCUACAAAUGCCUCAUCGGGCUCCCCUAUAAAGUGUGCCAGACGUGUGAGCACGGCAGUGGAUUUGGCCACGUCCGGUCAUUGGACGCCCUCAUCUCUUCCUUGACAGUCAAGUGCCACCAUGAUGGCUGCGGGAGCUACGUCCCCUACUACGAGCUUGACGACCAUCAAAGUGUGUGCUCGCACAUGCCGUGCUUCUGCACGGAGCUUGGCUGUGGCUUCGUCGGUUCACCACAGGCGCUCCUCAGCCACUUGAUCGCCAUGCACGCAAUGCCAGUGCACAAGGUCCAUUAUGGCCAAGUUCACCAGCUCCGGCUGUCGCUCCGGCUGUCGGUGCCGCGGCCGCGGUGCCUGCUCCAUGGGCAAGGGGACGACAGCGUGUUCCUCUUGGUCAUGGGCGUGCUCGGUGGCGUGUCUGUGGUGUGCAUCAGAGCUGAGGCAUCCUCAUGGCCGCAGUACGCUAUCAAGCUUCAGGCGAAUGGUCCGCCACCACCGAGCAGCGUAGAAGGCAGCAUUUUGUUGGCCAUGAAGCCAGUGACGAGCAGCACGAGGCCUGGGGAGGUGGCCGUGGAGGAGCUGCCGUCUUUCUUGAUGGUGCCGCCUACUUAUCUGGCUGCUAAACGUGACCUCCAGUCGGCGUGCAUCCUCGAUCAUUUGUUGGGCGAUUUCGACUACACAUAG